UCAGCCCAUCUCGGGGACGCGGGGACGGGGACGCGGGGACGGGACGCAGCCGCUCUCCCCGCACCGGCGCGUCCGGCCCGAGCGCGCGUCCUCCGGGGCUGCGGGCGGGGCGCCAGGAUCGAUCUCCUGAAAUUUAACUUUUCAAGAUGAAGUUUGUAUUGGCGGUGGCCUUUUUUAUUUUAAUUUCCUUGUGUGUUGAAGAAGCCUGUUCUAAAGAGAAGUCUUCAAAGAAAGGGAAGGGGAAAAAGAAGCAGUACCUAUGCCCAUCGCAGCAGUCAGCCGAGGACCUUGCCCGAGUACCGGCCAACUCCACUAGCAAUAUCUUGAAUAGGCUAUUGGUCAGUUAUGAUCCCAGGAUAAGACCAAAUUUCAAAGGCAUUCCUGUUGAUGUAGUUGUCAACAUUUUUAUCAACAGUUUUGGAUCUAUUCAAGAGACAACAAUGGAUUAUAGAGUCAACAUCUUCCUGAGACAGAAGUGGAACGACCCCAGACUGAAGCUGCCUAGUGAUUUCCGGGGCUCAGAUGCCCUGACGGUGGACCCCACGAUGUACAAGUGUCUGUGGAAACCUGAUUUAUUUUUUGCAAAUGAAAAAAGUGCCAAUUUUCAUGAUGUAACCCAGGAAAAUAUUCUCCUCUUUAUUUUUCGGGAUGGAGAUGUCCUCGUCAGCAUGAGGCUAUCUAUUACUCUUUCGUGCCCUUUGGACUUGACCUUGUUUCCCAUGGAUACACAACGUUGCAAGAUGCAACUUGAGAGCUUUGGUUACACAACUGACGACUUACGGUUUAUCUGGCAGUCAGGGGAUCCUGUUCAAUUAGAAAAAAUUGCCUUGCCUCAAUUUGAUAUUAAAAAGGAAGAUAUUGAAUAUGGUAACUGUACAAAAUACUACAAAGGCACUGGGUACUACACGUGCGUGGAGGUCAUCUUCACCCUGAGGCGGCAGGUGGGCUUCUACAUGAUGGGCGUCUAUGCCCCAACCCUGCUCAUCGUGGUUCUGUCCUGGCUGUCCUUCUGGAUCAACCCCGACGCCAGCGCUGCCAGAGUGCCCCUGGGAAUCUUCUCAGUGCUCAGCUUGGCCUCUGAGUGCACAACCCUGGCUGCGGAACUUCCCAAGGUGUCUUACGUGAAGGCUUUGGACGUGUGGCUCAUCGCGUGUCUGCUCUUCGGCUUUGCGUCCCUGGUGGAGUACGCGGUCGUCCAGGUGAUGCUCAAUAACCCCAAGAGAGUCGAAGCGGAAAAAGCCAGAAUUGCCAAGGCUGAGCAAGCAGAUGGGAAGGGGGGGAGUGCAGCUAAGAAGAACACUGUGAAUGGCACGGGCACACCUGUUCACAUCAGCACCUUACAGGUUGGAGAGACCAGAUGCAAAAAGGUUUGUACGUCCAAGUCUGAUCUGAGAUCUAACGACUUCAGCAUCGUGGGAAGCUUACCGAGAGAUUUUGAAUUGUCCAAUUAUGACUGCUAUGGAAAACCCAUUGAGGUCAACAACGGACUUGGGAAAUCCCAGGCCAAGAACAACAAGAAGCCGCCUCCUGCCAAACCCGUUAUUCCGACGGCAGCGAAGAGGAUCGAUCUUUAUGCAAGAGCGUUGUUUCCUUUCUGCUUCUUAUUCUUCAACGUUAUCUACUGGUCUAUAUAUUUAUGAUAAACCUUUUCCAUUCGUAUAAAGUCAAGUCCCAUUGCAUUGUGAACAACCUCGUUCAUUAAUGCCAAUCUGUGAACAUUCUUUGCAUUUUCAUAGCAAUAUAUUGCAUUUUGGAUGCCAUUGGAGUGUAAUACAAAUAUGGCGCCUUCAUCAUGUGGAAUGGCAGCAUGAUCUUGUUACGUCUGUGCUCUAAUCAUGAUGUAUUUAUGUAAAGCAAACAUAAUUGCUUUAGGAAUAAAUGAAGGAUAAGCGUACUACGUAAAAUGGAAUCCGAACAUUUCUCUCCAGUUAGUGUAAAUUGCAAAUAUUCCGAUAAUUCUGAUAAUAAAACGGGGUGCACUCUGAACCCUGUUUUGUCAUCAUCGCAAUGUACGUAGUGUUUCAGAUCCCUUCCCUUGUAACUUUCGGAGAAAGCCACCUUAUUCUUGUACAAUUUUAGAUGGUAUUAUCAUAGAUAAAGCAAAAGCAUAUUACAUAUGGUAUAACUUUAUAAGUAGAAGUAUAUCAGCUCUAACUACAUGAGCUCUGUGGAGCAAUAAAGUUCAAACCAAUUCCUAAUUUGUAAAAGCAGCUCAUUUUAAAGUGUGCCUGUGUUGUCAAAUGCCAGAUGAUAAAGCCCAGUGAGCAUUUUUGAAACAAAGGGAAAUCUAGAUUUACCUAAAUUCGUGCUGAAUUCUGGUUUCUCAUAAAAUAAAAAUGAAAGGAGAUAUAUUGAUUAAAUGUUUCUGAUAAAAGAAAUUCUAUUUAGUUCACUUUAAAACCUAGAUAUAUUUUCAUGGAUUUUAUUUUGUGGAUACAGAGUAUACAAAAUCAUUGUGCCUUAAAAAGAGUCAUAAAUAUUUUGAAUUGGAAUAUAGCAAUGAAUAUGUGAUUUCGUACCAUUUGUAAGAAACCAAGAGGAAAAUACCUUAUUACUAGAAGUAACUUGAGUUGGGAAGAAAAAUCCAUAAUCAUUAGAGGAUUUUAACUUCUUUAUUUUAUUAAAAUGCUCACAUCUUUUAAAGUAAAAUUAAA